UUGUUUUAUAAAUGACGUACAGUCGUGUGUAACAGUGACGUCGCUACGGUGCAGACUGCAGUGAAACUGUUCCAGGAUCAGCCCUGGGGGGUCCUGCAGGCUCAUGUGCUGUCUGUCUCACUUAAAAGGAAUUAGAAAUUGCUAUAGAAAGCUGUCUUGGUUUUCGUUAACACACCACAAAAUUGCAAUGCCAAAGAAAAGCAAAGGAGCUCCUGUGAAGAGGCCUGGCAGUGAUGAAGAGCAGCUUCAUCCCAAACAGAGCCGGAUUGACUCCCCUCUGUGCUUUGACAGUCCAGCCUCUUUAUUUGAGAGCCUGAUCCUGCCGAUGAGGACAGAGGAGUUUUUCAGGGACUACUGGGAGAAGAAGCCCCUCCAUCUACAGAGGACGGACCCUCAGAUGGCAUCCUACUACCAGUCUCUGUUCCAGGUUUCAGAUUUGCAGAGCUUGAGCUCUCAGGGUCUGGAAUACUACAGGGACGUCAAUGUUGUUCGCUGUGUCAGUGGCAAGAAAAAGGUUCUCAACAAGGAGGGGAACGUUAAGAGCACUGUUCUCCACAAGAACCUGGUUCAGAAUAAAGCCACCAUCCAGUUCCACCAGCCACAGAGGUUCAAGGAUGAAUUGUGGAGAAUCCAGGAGAAAUUGGAGUGUUUCUUUGGUGCUUUAGUGGGUUCUAAUGUCUACAUCACGCCAGAGGAGUCUCAGGGCCUUCCAGCUCAUUAUGAUGAUGUUGAGGUAUUUAUUCUUCAACUGGAGGGACAGAAACAAUGGCGUCUGUACAACCCUACUGUUCCACUAGCAGCAGAGUACAGUGUGGAAUCAGAGGAUAAGAUCGGCAGUCCAACCCACAGUAUCCUACUAAAGGCAGGAGAUCUUCUUUACUUCCCCAGAGGAACCAUUCAUCAGGCUAACACUCCAGCAGGAGUUGACCACUCCACCCACCUGACUCUCAGCACCUACCAGAGAACAUCAUGGGGAGAUUUGCUGUUGGACACAUUUCCCAGCGUACUCAGUAACAGGAGCAAGACUGAUGUGAGCCUAAGAGAGGGCAUGCCAAGAAGAUUCUUAUUGGACAUCAAUGAUGACCUGGACACCAGGAGGAAGCUGGCCUCUUACCUCAGAUGUCUUGCUGAUGAAAUGGAUGGAGGAAAACAGGAAGUCCACUCCACUCACAUGAAGAGGGACUUCAUUAUUAAUAGACUGCCACCAUACUGCCACCAGGAUCUGCUUACACCAUCUGGGAGGGUUCCUGCACUGGAGGAUACUGUCUGUUUAAAGUUUAAAGACCACAUGUUGAUAACAAUUGAACCCAGCCCAAGGACGACGGAUGAGGCCACAGAGCAGGUUGUCUUUGUCUUGCAUUCUUUGAAGAACCAACGGGAGAGACACAUGAUGGGUGCAAGUGAUGAUGAAGAGGUGGAACAAGACAUGUCCACAGGCCUCCAGUUCCCUCUGUCCCACUUCCCAGCCCUCAGGCAGCUCCAGCAGGUGGAUCAGAUGCCGGUCAACCAGCUCCAACUGUCCACACAGGAGGACAAACUCAGCCUGGUACUGGCCCUCUGGAGUGAAAGCCUGCUGACGGUGCUGUAACACAACUAAAAGCGUUCUGUCCACACAUUGAUCAUCUGGAAUACUUAAAAAUAUUUCUCUUCUGUAAUUUAUUGUACAUCUAUUGUGCCAUUCAGUGGAAAAAAAUACAUGUGAAGUGGUACGUACACCAUAUUGCUGUAUUAAAUUAAAUAAAAUGCUCACUGAGAAUGUGCACCAAACAAGAUACUGUCUAAUUUUUUCAUUAAAUAGGAGUUUCAGCUAUGUAAUUGUGCUUUUGUUGUAGUUUUUAGUCUUACCUUUGCCAAAGAGGUUAUGUUAUCGCUCAUGUUUGUCUGUUUUGCUGGGUGUUAACAUCUCCCCAGUGAAAUGUAAUACAUCCCCAGGCUGUGAAUUCUGGUGAAUAUCCAGGUUAUUGUACAUUUUACAGUACUUCAGGAAAAGAGACAUCAAAUUGUAUCAUAGAGUAUUAAAGAAAUCCAUGUGCCGCAGAAGGAUCAAAUGUUUUGCAUUAAUCACAGGAGGCAAAAAGUCAUGGGUGGAGAUAAAGUGCAGACAUAAUUUCUUUCAGGCCUUUUUCUUAAAUAAAACUUGAGUAACAUAGAUAUUGAAAUAUAACAGAUGAACGUUGGAAAUGACAUGUAAUUACAGUUAUGUUUAUUAUUAAGAACCAGAGAACCAAGUCGACUGCCUGCUGUGCACCAACCCCAACACUCUAACAGCUGGGAGAAAUAUUUGCUGACACGUAAUCCUCUGGUUUCUGUGUUUUCACAUUAAUUAACCAACAGUUCAACAUAUUUCCACUGUUUUUAGUUUAACAUGAAGUUAAAAAAAAAAGGUAAAGCUGAAUGUAGUUUGUAUCCUUGGAAAUAAUUUUCAGAACACUGACCUUGUAGUGAAAAGUCUGUAAUUUGUCAUAAAUGUGACUUUUACAUGUGGUAAAUAUGAGGCAAAAAUGGUUUUAAAUUUGAUAAAUAAGCCUCAAUGGGUGUUUAAGUUUUGGGGGGAUUUACGAGGAUCUAAUUUCCCAAAUAGAAUGUAAAGUUCCUAUUUAUGUUUCCUUUAUAAUGGGUAUAAUGUCAAAGCGUGAACUUUUAUGUUUUCAGUAGAAUGAGCUGUUUAU